AUGCGAAAAACAAUUCUAGACAUCGUCAAGGAAUGCGACAAUUUCCCAUCGCACAAUGAGCCCACCCUCCAGUCUGAAGUUCUGACUGGGUCCUUCACAUUUAGGGUAAAUGGAUGCAACGCUAUUCUAGGCUACAUUUUACCGGAAAUUGUCGAGAAGAUGCACUGGUCCGACUCCUGGGUAAUCGACCACCAGGGACGGACCGUAACCCUCGCAACACCGGCCAAUGCAACAGCCGAGAUCCGCUCUUGCGUCGUUGAAGAAACGCUUCAGGCUACUAGGCAGCUGGGCACAAUAUCCCUGCUAAAAGGCUGGCGUGGCGAACGCUUCCCCGUUUAUGGACCAGACGGGGAAACUCUGCUAGAGAUGGAGCGCUGCGCAAGUGCGUUGUUCGGGAUCGUCACGUACGGUGUUCAGCUUAUUGCCUACGCCAGGAGUGCGCAAGGGCUUCGAUUAUGGAUUAGCAAACGAUCUGAAGCAAAGCAGACAUACGCCGGUAUGCUGGACACCACCGCAGCCGGUGGUCUAGUGGCUGGGAAGUUACCAAUUGAAGGAAUUGUAUGUGAAGCACAGGAAGAGGCAUCUAUACCAGAAGAUGUGCUAAGGAAAAGGGUUAAACCAAUGAGCACUCUUAGCUAUUUCCAUAUCCGUGGAGAUAAAGCUGGAGGGGAAGUUGGGUUAUUUCAGCCAGAGGUCGAGUAUACAUAUGAACUGGAGUUGGAUGAACAAGUGGUACCCCAGCCGAAGGACUCGGAGGUUGCGGGUUUCAAGCUUUAUACCAUUGAGGAAGUGUUGAAUGUGUUGAAGGAGGGGCGGUUCAAGCAAAACAGUGCCAUUGUUAUUGUGGAGUUUCUCAUAACGCAUGGGAUUGUGAAUGAGCGUACUGACCAGGAUUAUGCGGAUAUUUUAUUCCAUUUACAUCGGAGGGUGGAGUUUCCUUUGUGUAUUCUGCCGUCUAUAUGA